AUGGCCUUUUCACUCUCCUGCUGGUCGGCAUGGGCCCCGCGAGCUGUCAGGCAGUCUCGCUCCGCUCCGUUAUUGUAUCUGUUCGAUGGGUAUAGAAAGUGCUCGCCAUUGGCUUCCUCGCCGCGGUGGAGGAAUCCCGCAAACGGAAACGCAUUUUCCACGUCUCCCUUUCUAGCGGUAAAGAGGGGCAAGGGGAAAAGUGUUGCUCCAAGCAAAGACAAGAAGCAGAGUACUCCGAAGCCGGCUCCGCCAGCUCCGGCAAAAUCCAAGGAAAGGGAACCGCCGAGUAACGAUUCCCGACUACAACCACCUACAACAGUCGCCUCUCACACGGAAGGAGCGCCCAGCAGCCUGAGCCAGGAGCCCCUCACAUGGCGCGACUAUGAUCUCGAGGGCGGGAUGCCACUCCCGAACGGGGAGCGGACUCAGGCGGAGAUCAAUGCUAUAUUUGGCGGCGAGCAACUGGAUGUGGACACGGGCAACUAUAUCCUCAGCGUAAUGCAUUGGAGACGCUUGUCAGGAGCUCUGAUAGAUGCUGGGUUGGACUUUCCCAAAGACAGUGGUGUAGAGCGGGGGCAAGCUCUGGCGGGGUUGGAGUACAUACGACAACUCGUACCCGAUGUGGAUGAGGCCGCCGAGGGGGCUCGGUAUGCAGAGGAGGAAGUUGUAAGGGAGCAGCAGCGCAUCCAAGCUCGUGCUGUCAAGCUGGGAAUCUACAAGGCCAAUCCUGAAGACGCUGCUGAAGAAGAAGUGUACGGAGAGGAAGAAUCCAAGCAAGGCACCGAGUAUGGCCGUGAACGCAGCGGCCAAUCCGCAUUACAAAAGAUGCGCGAGGAAAAGGAAGCGGCGUGGGAAGAGCAGCAGGCAGCCGAUGCUGUCGCCGCUGCGAAAGCAGAAAAGGCGGCAGUUGACACCACUCGCGGUCCCCUGGAACUCAGCGGUGGUGUGCAACCGACAGCCAAGCAUCUCGUGCGGACAACCGGUCCCAAUGGCGUAUCAAUUCAGCCUCCACGAGCCAAAGCAUGGCUUCAGCCCGUCGAGCGCAAACCAUGGGUCAAGCACUAUGAAGACGCCGCCCAGAUCAUCAAGACACAGGAGGUUCCCAAUCUCUCCACCGCACAGCGUCUCGUCCCUUCUUUCAUGUUGCUCCUAGUCAUCCUUUCGGCUUGCUACUAUUUGCAUGAGAAUUAUACACCGCCCCCAAAGUCCGCCAGAGUGUGGCCGGACACUCCUCCUUCUGCCGCGACACUUUGGGCGUUGACGGGGGUACUGUUGGCGACAUUCAUCAUGGGAAGGAUUCCACCGCUCUGGCGAACGUACAGCAAGUACAUGUGCGUGGUUCCUGCAUAUCCAUAUGCACUCUCCUUGUUUGGCUCGGGCUUCCGCCACGAUACUGUGAUGCAUCUGGGUUCCAAUCUCCUCUCGCUCUGGAUCUUCGGCCUCAUUCUCCAUGAAGAAGUUGGUAGAGGGACGUUCCUCUCCAUCUACUUCGCUUCUGGUGCUCUAGGAGGAUUCACAAGUCUAGCAUUCAACGUUUACAGGAAACUGUGGAUGUCGUAUAUCUUUGGGGCUUCUGGGGCCGUCUUUGGAGUCGUGGCUGCAGUCUGUACGCUCCAACCCAAUGGCUCAGUGAAAGUAUUCGGUUGGGAAAUCCCAGUCGCAGCAUGGGUGUUCUUGGCGUUACAGGUCGGAGGACAGGUUGUUGCUGUCAGGAGGGGCGUAAGCAAUAUUGAUCAGGCGGGUCAUUUGGGUGGAAUGCUGGGAGGAUUUGCCAGUGCAAUUUGGCUGCGAAUCAUGAUGAAGAGGGAGAGAGAGGCGAACUUGAUGGUGAGGGAAGAUGAGAACAAGGACGUCAAGGCCUUGGAGGUUGUGGAGGACAAUGAUGUGGUCGAGUGA